AUGGAGUCUAAGCUGGACUGGAGUCUGAGCUGGAGCUCUGAGCUGGAGUCUAAACUGGAGUCUAAACUGGAGUCUAAGCUGGAGUCUAAUCUGGAGUCUAAUCUGGAGUCUAAUCUGGAGUCUAAACUGGAGUCUAAGCUGGAGUCUGAGCUGGAGUCUAAGCUGGAGUCUAAGCUGGAGUCUAAGCUGGAGUCUGAGCUGGAGUCUGAGCUGGAGUCUAAGCUGGAGUCUGAGCUGGAGUCUGAGCUGGAGUCUAAGCUGGAGUCUGAGCUGGAGUCUAAGCUGGAGUCUAAGCUGGAGUCUAAGCUGGAGUCUGAGCUGGAGUCUAAGCUGGAGUCUGAGCUGGAGUCUAAGCUGGAGUCUAAGCUGGAGUCUGAGCUGGAGUCUAAGCUGGAGUCUAAACUGGAGUCUAAGCUGGAGUCUAAACUGGAGUCUAAGCUGGAGUCUAAUCUGGAGUCUAAUCUGGAGUCUAAUCUGGAGUCUAAACUGGAGUCUAAGCUGGAGUCUGAGCUGGAGUCUAAGCUGGAGUCUAAGCUGGAGUCUAAACUGGAGUCUAAGCUGGAGUCUAAGCUGGAGUCUGAGCUGGAGUCUGAGCUGGAGUCUAAGCUGGAGUCUGAGCUGGAGUCUGAGCUGGAGUCUAAGCUGGAGUCUGAGCUGGAGUCUGAGCUGGGAGUCUAA